AACGAACUUGGAUGAGUACACCACGUUACAUGAUAAUUCAAAGGGGCUCCACCCUCCUUAUCUGAUAAUCAAACAUUGCCCGUUCGAUCAGCCGAAGAAAAAACUAGAGCAUUUUUAGCCCGAGUUUUGACGAACCCAGAAACUACCGCGAAGCGUCCGAUUACAAUUCCCUAUAAAAAGAGUCAUAAGCUCAAAAAAUCAACUACAGAUCCAAAUCCAGCAGCGAUAACAAGAAAGAAGCUGUUAUUGAAGAAACGAAGUUUGUACAGGAAGAGAUGAGUAGAUUUUAAUCAGAGAGUGAAAGAGACAAAAUAAAAAAUGGAUGUGGAGAGAUCCUCUUUGUGCAAUUGCGUUGUGAAUUUCUUGAUACAAGAGAACUAUCUCUUGACGGCAUUUGAAUUGCUUCAUGAACUCCUUGACGAUGGCAGAGACGACCACGCCAUUCGCCUCAAGGAGUUCUUCUCUGAUCCUUAUCUUUUCCCUACUGAUCAGAUCUCUCGUUUCAAUUCUCUUCGAGUUGCAGACCCUCAGAAUUUACUAGAAGAGAAAGAAGCAAUAGAAGAAAAAUUAGCACUUAGUGAAUAUGAGCUUCGUUUGGCAAAAGAGGACGUUUCGAAGUUCAAAACUGAAUUGCAGAAGAAAAAAGAUUUGCCACAGGUGGAAUUGAGUGAGUCAAAAUCAGAUGUUUCUGAGAACACCAGACCAGAUAUUCUACGGCAAAAGAAGGCCACUUCCUUCUCUGACUUGGGCCCUUUGAAGGAUAGUGAGCGUAGAGAUCUUAAUUGUGCCGUAAAGGAAUAUUUACUAUUAGCGGGAUAUCGGCUUACUGCUAUGACAUUCUACGGAGAAGUUACAGAUCAGAAUUUAGAAGUUUGGCAGGACACACCUGCAUGCGUACCAGAUGCCUUGCGACAUUAUUACUAUCAAUACCUUUCAUCCACUACAGAGGCUGCUGAGGAGAAAAUUGCCAUGCUUCGAGAAAAUGAGUCAUUAAUAAAAGCAAAUGAGAAGCUGAAUCAUGAAAAAGAGAAAUUGCUGAAAAACAAAGAUUUGGCUGAUAAUCAAAUAAGUGGACUAAAUAAAUCCUUAGAGGCUCUUCAAAAAGAUCUUAAGGAGAGGGAGAACCAGGUGCAGGAAUUGAAGCAGUCCUGGGAGCUCCAACUAAAGGAACUUAAUGAUUGUAGAGCUGAAAUUACUUCACUGAAAAUGCACCUCGAAGGAUAUCGUUCUGGAAGAAGCAUUAUGGCUAGUGAUGUUGAUUUUACUCAAUCCCAUUCCAUGGAAAACUACAAGGAAGAAAUAAUAUCAUUGCAGAUGGGAAUUGAAAGGUUGAAGGCAAAAAGCCCAAAAGCUCCUAAAUCUGUAGAUUCCAACAACAACGAGGAGUCUCUGCAGACAGAAGAGAAAGUUGUUGAGAUAGAUGAAGAUAAAACUGUAAUCUCUCAUCCAUAUGAUGCUAUUGGAGUGUUGAGCAGUGAAGAUGUUCAAUCACUGAUAACUGAUAACUCUGGUAAACCUGAGGAAGUUUCAUCUGAUCCAUCAAGAAAUCAUUUAAAUGAAGAUAUUAAUAUUGAAAACAAUCAAAGUGACUUUAAACAAAAUGAUGAACCACCCUCGGAAGAUGGUGGGCCACACAUGGAAUUGGACAAUUUAAAUGUUGAAGCUGCUUCAGGAAACAUGUAUGAUUUUGCUUUUCAGGGUUUAGAAACAAUUCAAAUCCUUGCAGAUGCCUUGCCCAAGAUUGUACCCCAUGUUUUGAUCAAUCAUCGGGAGGAGCUUCUUCCCCUAAUGAUGUGUGCAAUAGAGCGUCAUCCAGAUAGUACCACACGGGAUUCCUUAACCCACACUUUGUUUAAUUUGAUCAAACGUCCGGAUGAGCAACAGAGACGGAUCAUAAUGGAUGCAUGUGUUAGUCUUGCAAAGAAUGUGGGAGAGAUGAGAACAGAAACAGAAUUGCUUCCCCAGUGUUGGGAACAAAUAAACCACACAUAUGAGGAGCGUAGACUGCUUGUUGCUCAAUCUUGUGGAGAGCUUGCAGAGUUUGUCCGGCCUGAGAUCCGUGAUUCUCUAAUUCUGUCCAUUGUGCAACAACUGGUAGAAGAUGCUGCAACUGUUGUUCGAGAGGCGGCUGCACGUAAUCUGGCAUUGUUGCUUCCACUCUUCCCAAGUGUGGACAAAUAUUUCAAGGUUGAGGAUGUGAUGUUCCAAUUGAUCUGUGAUCCCUCCGGAAUGGUGGUCAAAACUGCACUUGAGGAGCUACUUCCUGCAGUAAUAAAAUGGGGGAAUAAGUUGGAUCACAUUUCAAGAGUUCUACUUUCCCAUAUACAGAGCUCUGCUCAGUGCUGUCCACCUCUUUCGGGGGUUGAAGGCUCUGUGGAGUCCCAUUUACGUGUCUUGGGGGAACGAGAGCGCUGGAGUGUUGAUGUGUUUUUGAGAAUGCUGUUGGAGUUGCUUCCAUUUGUGUACCAGAAGGCAGUUGAGACUUGCCCUUUUUCUUCAGUAACAGAGUCAACAAAUGCAUUGUUCUCUACUUCAUCACUUGAAUUGUAUUCAAAGGGACAUGAUGAAUGGGCAGCAUUUCAGUGGAUGCACGUUGAUUGCUUUCCUGAUCUGAUACAGUUGGCCUGCAUGUUACCCCCAAAAGAAGACCAUUUAAGAAACAAAAGCACAAAGUUUUUGUUGGCUGUAAGUGAGCACUUUGGGGAUUCUUAUCUGGUGCACAUAAUGAUGCCUGUGUUCUUAGUAGCAGUUGGGGACAAUGCAGAUUUAACAUAUUUUCCGACUGCCAUUCAUUCAAGAAUCGAAGCAGGUUUGAGACCAAAAACUGCUGUGGCCGAGAGGCUUGCUACAAUGUGUGUUCUGCCACUUCUCUUGGCAGGUGUUCUAGGUGCUCCCAGCAAGCAUGAACAACUAGCAGGCUACUUGAGAAAGUUGCUAGUUGACAGCUCCCUAAAAGAAAAUCAAUCAACAAAAUACAAUGCUGAGAUUAUUAACGCUAUCCGUUUUCUUUGCACUACUGAACAGCAUCAUAGUAUGAUAUUCAAUAUUUUAUGGGAAAUGGUUGUUAGCUCCAACGUAGAUAUGAAAAUCAAUGCGGUCCAUCUGUUGAAAGUCAUAGUGCCGCAUAUUGAUGCAAAAGUUGUUUCUACCCAUGUUUUGCCUGCCCUAGUUACUCUUGGCUCUGAUCCAAACUCAAUUGUGAAGUAUGCCAGCAUAGAUGCGUUUGGAGCUGUGGCAGAACAUUUUAAAAACGACAUGAUAGUUGAUAAAAUUCGUGUUCAAAUGGAUGCUUUUCUUGAAGAUGGAUCCCAUGAAGCUACUGUUGCUGUUGUCCGUGGGUUACUGGUAGCAGUACCUCACACAACAGAGAGACUCAGAGAUUAUCUUCUUUCCAAGAUUUUUCAAUUUACAGCCACACCAGCUUCCACAAACGAUGUCCUGCGUUGCCGUGAGAGAGCUAAUGCAUUCUAUGAAUCAAUCCGUGCCUUGGACGCUACAGAUCUUUCGGCAACUAGUGUGCGGGAAUUCCUCCUCCCUGCUAUAACAAACCUGUUAAAAGAUCCAGAUGCAUUAGAUCCAGCACACAAAGAAGCCCUUGAGAUAAUAGUGAAAGAAAGAUCAGGCGGAACGUUUGAGACCAUUAGCAAGGUGAUGGGUGCUCAUCUUGGGAUAGCAUCGUCAGUCACUAGUUUCUUUGGAGAAGGUGGGCUGUUGGGAAAGAAAGAAGCUCCAGACCAUCAGCCACCAACACCUGAGUCUCCAAAGGCUGCGCAACCUUCACCAACAGAAGACACGAGGUUCAGGCGUAUCAUGAUGGGUGGUUUUACAGACAUGCUUCGGGGUAAAACAUGGGGACAAGAAGAAACACAGCUGAACCAAUAAUGUUUUUAGUCUAUCUCGAGAAAUGGUGCGAUGAAAUUAUCCUUGUUGUCUUCUCCUACAUGUUUGAUUUUAUUCCGGAUGAACGUGGUGAGUUACGACCACAUCAUCAUCAAGAGGGGGGAAAAUUUCCCAUUCCUUUCAUUUUUUUUUUCCUUAAUUUUUUAUUGCGUUGGGGGAAUUAAGAUUAAAGAUAGAUUUUUAUUUUAUUGCAGUGCAAACGUUAGUUAUUUGUUAGGACAUUCUAUUUUCCUAGUUUUUGACAAUACUAAGCCGGGUUGAUUGCAUUUCUUUUGA